UACUCCUUAUGCACCGGAGACAUAGAUACAGAGAUACUCCACUGUGUUCUGGCAGCGGUGGAGGUGCUUAGCUGGUAACGUUACGGGAGGAGGAAGGCACUGAAGAGAAGGCGUUCUUCUUUGUUGUAGAGCAUCGGCAGUCAGCCACUGCCAGCUGCCAAAGGCGAUCAGUGAGGAAGUUGCAGUUCAUGAUACUUCCUGCUGCGGGGCGUACGUUAAGAAAGGAAGGAUUCCUGUGACUUCUGCCUGCCGUCUAUAAAGUACCCAUUCCUUUCAACUCUGCCUGCAGUUGCACACAAAGACCUGGAGGAGGGAACUCCCACGUCCUCGAGGAGAAGAAAGGAGGCGGCGAAGCAGAUUACAGGAACUUGUGGCUCGUGGCCCUUCUGCGCCCGCGCUGCCCGGACCGGCCCGGGGACAGUGAGUGUGAAGCCGCAGUGGCGGUGCCUGGGCUGUGAGAUGAGGCGCUGCCGCCGCCGCCGCUGCUGACACUCAGGUUCCCGGUCCGUCCGCUGCCCUUUGUGCUUCGUGUACAUGUGUCUGUUCAGCGCACCCGGAGGCGCCCAGCAGAGAAUCCAACACGGCCGCCGGGGAGAGACCGCCCACCAUGCCCACGGAGACCCUACAGACAGGUAGCAUGGUGAAGCCGGUCAGCCCCGCGGGCACCUUCACCUCGGCGGUGCCCCUGCGCAUCCUCAACAAGGGGCCCGACUACUUCCGCAGGCAGGCGGAGCCGAACCCCAAAAGACUCAGCGCCGUGGAGAGGCUGGAGGCCGACAAGGCCAAGUACGUCAAGAGCCAGGAGGUCAUCAACGCCAAGCAGGAGCCCGUGAAGCCGGCCGUGCUGGCCAAGCCCCCCGUGUGCCCCGGCGCCAAGCGCGCGCUGGGCAGCCCCACGCUCCGGGUGUUCGGGCCCAACGCCAAGACCGAGAGCGGCGUGCACAGGGAGACCCUGAAGCUGGAGAUCCUGAAGAACAUCAUCAACAGCUCGGAAGGCUCCAGCUCCGGCUCCGGGCACAAGCACAGCUCCCGCAACUGGCCUCCGCACCGGCCCGACGCCACCGACCUGCACCGACACUCCUUCGCCGAGUCCCUGAAGGUCUACCCGACGCAGGGCCGGGGCAGCCCGCAGGAGAGCAGCUCCCACGUGGGCAGGAGGCUGCUGGAGCAGACCGCCGAGUCCUUCCUGCACGUCUCCCACAGCUCCUCGGACAUCCGCAAAGUGACCAGUGUGAAGCCCCUGAAGGCGAUCCCCUGCAGUAGUUCCGCCCCUCCCCUGCCCCCCAAACCCAAGGUUGCAGCCAUCGCCCCCAUGAAGUCCCCCGACGCCGCCGACCCGGCGGAGCCGGCCUGCGGAGUCAGCCGGAGACCCUCCCUCCAGCGGUCCAAGUCGGACUUGAGUGACAGGUACUUCCGCGUGGACGCAGACGUGGAGAGGUUCUUCAACUACUGCGGACUGGACCCCGAGGAGCUGGAAAACCUGGGCAUGGAAAACUUUGCCAGGGCUAAUUCUGACAUCAUAUCCCUCAACUUCCGCAGUGCCAGCAUGAUCAGCUCGGACUGUGAACAGUCGCAGGACAGUAACAGUGACCUUAGAAACGAGGACAGUGCCAAUGACCGGGUGCCAUACGGCAUUUCUGCGAUCGAAAGGAAUGCCAGGAUCAUCAAGUGGUUAUAUAGCAUCAAACAAGCUAGAGAGUCCCAGAAGGUCUCCCACGUGUAAGAGACAGUGCGCGUGUGCGAAGGAGGGUGGGGGUGGGUCUCUUGUCUGUGCGUCCGCCCUUGUGAAGGUCGUGAGGUCUCCUUGAAGUGUUGUGAGCUUCUCCGCUCUCUUUGUGUUGCUUGUUGUGCAAUGUUUUCAAGUUGCAUGCCUGUCAACAUGGGGACUGACCUGGCAUCCCAGUCAACCAUCGCUGCAGAGCCUGGCCGAACACACGCGACCUGCCAAAAAGUUUCAGGCCAGAUUCGGAUUAGGGCUUUGAUCUCAAGCAAAACUGUUUACACCUGAAAAACGGUAUACAACUUCUUCAAUAUUUAUGUGGUUCUUGUGUUUUAUAUCCCGCGCUAUUGUGUCUUAAUUAAAAGUUUUAUCAACUGGCUUGUAAGUGGAGAGGAGCAUCUUUUUGAAACAAAAAGCAACUUUGCCUACGUGUGACACCAAAACACGAGGGAAAUAAAUGGAACCUGCUAACCAAACUGAUAGAGUCACUGACCUAAGAUAGAGAACCAGGCUGGGUUUUCUGAGGAAAGAACGUGGUGAGCCUGAUGUUAACGCCUUACAUACUGCAGUUCUCUUGCCCCUUGCUAAAGUAAUGGUUGGGGCAACAAUGCUACGUCCUGUGUCCUAUUUAGUGUGUAAAUAAACAUUGGUGGCUCUGUGUAAUACUGACCCCAAGAAAAGACAAUCAGAUACAAUGAAGGUGAUUAUAUCUAGGAGGUUGAAUGUCCGGGGUUUUGUUGAUAUCCUUCUGAUUUGGGUUUAUUCAGAAGUUUCUACUAUUAAUCUUUUGACAGGAAUGGCCACUCUGAAGUUGUUACUCAAUGUCUUUAAAUUUGGGGGGGGGGGGGUAUUUUUGGUCAAUAACUAAUGCCAUGCUGAUUCUCUUCCCUCCCUCCUUCCCUUCCUUUGUUGUUGUUUUAUUUGGGAGAGAGGACAAGGGAGUGGGGCUGGUACAGGUCUGUGCUAUCUGAAGACACGAACCCACACAGAAAUACCAGCCAUAUUAGUAUCGAGCCUCCUAUUCAACAGUGAAUGCCUUUGGUAGCUGAAUCAUAUCUGAGCAGUGUGGUUGUGUGGUCUUGCCUAUGUUAUUCGCUCAGACUCUGGGCCUUUGUUACAACCCUAGGAAACCAGAAACACGACACUAUAUAGCCCCGGCCCUCCCGCCCCCCUCCAUGGUCUCUAGUGCUACAUAUCAACUCAUUCCCUUUCUCCGCCAAUAACCUGUCUUCCAGUUAGCUGUCAACCAGCUGACAGUUGUGGUGUGGUAGCAAGAGGUACACAUGCAGUGGUCUGCUUCAUUGCUCUUGUAGUUACGCUCUAAAAUUCAGGAGCACUACCUUAGACUUCGUCAGCUAAUAAGAAACUUUUUAUGGUGUAAAUGCUGUAAGACUUUGUACAUACUUCAGUUGUUAUGAAAACUUGAAGAAAACAAAGGAAAACUUAUGCUAAUAAAUAGCUCUGGUGCAGGCAC